AUGUCUCAUGAAACUGAAAAUCGAAUUCAAACAUUACAUGAUACAAAUACGAAUCAUUCAUCAGGAGAAAAUAUCGAUCCAGAAUUAUAUCAAUUACAAAUACAAUUAACAGCUAUACAAGAACAACAACGUUUACAAGCAUUAAUGAUAAAACAAUUUCAACAACAAUUAAAAGUUUAUCAACAAAAACGAAAUUAUAUUGAAAAUGAAGAAAAUGUUGGAUCACAACAACAACAACAAACAUAUACUUGUCCUAUUUGCUCUCAUCAUCUAUCUUCGCAUUCAAAUUUAAAAAUUCAUCUUGAACAACAUCGCGAUAAAUUACAAAAAGUUACAUCAACAGCUCCAAUGGAAGAUAAUAAUAAUAAUAAUCAUGACGACGAUGAGGAUGUUAAUGAGGAUGAUGAAGAAGUAGAACUAGAUGAAGAUGAAGAAGAGGAAGAAGAAGAUGGAUUAAUAAUUCAAACUGAAGUAGACGAUAGAUCUGUGACAUCACCACUUGAUUUAUCAACUAGCGAUCAUUUAUCAUCAACUUCGAUUAAAUCCGAUGAAGAACAACAGAUACCUUCAUCAAUACAAUUUCAAAUGGAAGAACAUGAAGGUGAACCCGAAGAUCCAAAUAUGGCUAAAUUAAAAGAUAUGAUUGAACAACUUGAACGAACAACAAAUAAAAGUGAUUCCAAUGAAUGUGUCGUUUGUAAACGUAUACUUUCAUGUCAAAGUGCGCUUAAAAUGCAUUAUCGUACACAUACUGGUGAACGUCCAUUUCGUUGUCGAAUAUGUUCACGAGCAUUUUCUACGAAAGGAAAUCUUAAAACUCAUAUGAAUGUACAUCGUCUUACGGAUGAUAAUAAUUCAAUAAAAUCGAAUCGUUGUUCAAUAUGUCAAAAACAAUUGAAUAAUAUUGAACAAUUACGUUCACAUUUAAAAGAUCAUCUCGUUGAUCCAAAUAAUGCAUCACUAGUUGAAGAAGCUUUACGUACAAUUGAUUCUGAAAGAUCCUUAUCAAGUAUUGAUGAUGAAUCACAAAUAGAUAUUCAGCGUGAUAAUCAAUCAGUUAAAAAUGAUGAAGUUGAAGAAGAUGAUGAUACCAAAUCUUCAGCUAUUUCGAAUUCGUUAGCUGCAGCUAUAGCUGCUGCCGCAUCAACAUAUUCAAAUGGAAAUUUAACAAAUCAUUUAUCACCAUUUAAUUUAUUUAAUCCUCAAUUUUUUCCAAAUUUAGCUGCUAGUACAUUUCCAUUUUUAGCUGCUGCUGCAGCAUUAAAUAAUUCCAAUUCAUCAGUUAAUGAUGAACAUAAAGAUAAUAGUAUAAAUGAAAAUGGUGAAGAUUUAUCAAUGUCAUCAAAAAUGUUAGUUGAUGAAUCAUUACUAAAUAAUGAUAAAAAUCAUUUAAGACGUUCAUCAUCAAUCUUACAACAUGUUUGUAAUGUUUGUUCAAAAAAUUUUUCAUCUGCUUCUGCUUUACAAAUACAUAAUCGAACACAUACGGGUGAAAAACCGUAUAAAUGUGAAGUUUGUGGUCGAGCAUUUACAACAAAAGGAAAUUUAAAAGUUCAUACUGGUACACAUAUGUAUCAUACACAAACAAGUCCAACAAUGGUUAAUAGUGGAGCUGCAGCACGUCAACGACGACGUUAUGAUUUUCAUCCAUACUCAGUUAAUGUAACUGAUGUUGGUAAAACUAUAACAUCAUCACCAUCAUCAACAAUAAUUAAAAGUGAAUCUUGA